CGGGACCGGUCCUCUGCGGCCCCGCACCUGCACCGGGGGCGGUGCAGCUCCGCCCGGCGGCCGGGAAGGGCCGGGCGGGGGCGGCCCCGCGGAGCCCUCCCCGCGGCGCGGCUCUGGCGGCGGGGCGGGGCCCCGGAGCUCCGCGGCGCUGCGUGCGCCGGCCCGCCCCUUUCCGGCGGGAAGUGCCCGGCUCGCACAGGCCCGCUCGGCGCGGGAGGGGAGCGGCGGCGGCGCCGGGAGCGCCGCGGCCAUGAACGCGGAGAACCAGGGCCGCAGCGAGCGGCUGGUGACGGCGGCCUACGUGCGCCAGGGGGCGCAGGGCCGCCGCGCGCACGAGCUGCUCCUGCGGGCGCUGCUGGAGCAGGGGAAAUGUCCUGAAGAUGGAUGGGAUGAAAGCACCAUUGAAUUGUUUCUUCAUGAACUUGCUAUAAUGGAUAGCAAUAACUUCCUGGGCAACUGUGGCGUUGGUGAGAGGGAAGGAAGAGUGGUGUCUGGACUUGUUGCCCGAAGGCACUACAGGUUGAUCCAUGGAAUUGGAAGGUCAGGUGAUAUAUCUGCAGUACAGCCUAAAGCUGCAGGUUCAAGCCUUUUGAACAAACUUACUAAUUCAAUAGUUCUGGAUGUUAUAAAACUAGCUGGUGUCCAGACAGUGGCCAGUUGCUUUGUGGUUCCUAUGGCAACAGGCAUGAGUCUAACUCUGUGUUUUUUAACAUUGAGGCACAAGAGGCCAAAGGCAAAAUACAUUAUCUGGCCACGUAUAGACCAGAAAUCUUGCUUUAAAUCAAUGAUAACUGCAGGUUUUGAGCCUGUGGUGAUAGAAAAUGUUUUAGAAGGUGAUGAGCUAAGGACAGACCUCGAAGCAGUGGAGGCCAAAAUCAAGGCUCUUGGUCCUGAAAAUAUUCUUUGUGUGCAUUCUACAACAUCUUGCUUCGCCCCAAGAGUGCCUGAUAGGCUGGAGGAGCUGGCUGUGAUUUGUGCUAAUUAUGACAUUCCACAUAUUGUCAACAAUGCAUAUGGUGUUCAGUCUUCCAAAUGUAUGCAUCUUAUCCAGCAGGGUGCUCGAGUUGGCAGAAUAGAUGCUUUUGUUCAGAGCUUGGACAAAAAUUUUAUGGUUCCAGUAGGUGGUGCUAUCAUUGCUGGCUUCGACGAGUCCUUCAUUCAGGAGAUCAGCAAAAUGUAUCCAGGAAGAGCAUCUGCAUCUCCUUCUUUAGAUGUCCUCAUUACACUUCUGUCUCUGGGAACCAGUGGCUACAAAAACUUAUUGAAAGAGAGAAAGGAGAUGUUUUCAUAUCUUUCAAGUGAGCUGAAGAAGCUGGCAGAUAACCACAAUGAGAGACUGUUAGACACACCACAUAAUCCCAUUUCCUUAGCCAUGUCACUGAAGAAUCUGGAUGAAACUAAUGAUGCUGCUGUUACCCAGCUUGGAUCUAUGCUUUUCACAAGACAAGUUUCUGGAGCAAGGGUUGUUCCCUGUGGGUCUGUACAAACUGUGAAUAACUACACUUUUAAAGGCUUUAUGUCACAUGCAAAUGACUAUCCCUGUGCUUACCUCAAUGCUGCCUCAGCAAUUGGAAUUAAAAAGCAAGAUGUAGAUGUAUUCCUAAAAAGGCUUGACAAGUGUUUGAAGACUUUUAGAAAAGAAGCAAAGCAAGAAAAAAGUAUAACUGAAAUAAGUGAUGCUAACACAGGCACAGAACAACUUGAAGACUAGAAGAUACAGAUUUAGUAACACAGGAAGAUAAGGUUUUGUCUGAAGUAUGUCAGGUUUGUAUUGGGUUAGGACUGUGCAUCUGCAGUACAGAAAUUUAUUCUUGAUCUUAUAUUCCUGUUAUUGAAAACAAUAAUAAAAAUUUGGGUGGAAUUCAGCUUUAAGAAAGUAGGCAAUACUCUCUCCAAGAACAAAGGACCAGACACCCGUUUUUUGCAAUGUAUGAAAUGCACUUAAUAUCUGACAAAGUAAAGCUUUAUGUUCACAAAGACUUAGAGUUUGCCUUCCAAUCUGUAUGUGGCUAUUUGGACCAAGUUGACCAAAUCACAGUAUGUUUAUUCAUGUGUUUUUGUUUAACAAUAUUGCCUGUUGCAGUGACUGAAUUCCCUCCUAGGAGUCAGUACAGAAUCCUAGGUACACCCCAUCCAAACAACACGUAUCUCUGCUCUCAAAGUACUUGUUUUUUCAUCAAUAAAUGUGUCACUUUUAAUUUCUUUUCAAGAUUCAUGCAAAUGUUGGAAUAGCACUUACUAAGUGCAGUGUUCAGACUGCAUGGGUAAAUGACAGAGUUGGAAUAGUAACAUUUUUCAGGUGUUCUCACCUGUCAUGAGCUGCCUAGAACUAGUCAGCCUCCAGUGGCAAAGAGGAACCUAGAGUGUCUCAUAUCCUGUCAGUACUCAGCUCUUGAAAACAUGUGCAUAGUUUAGCAGCCCAAAGGAGCUUUAAUACUAAAGUCAGGCGUUGUGAAGAGGGACAGUCAUUGGUUUUGGCUUUGGUUUUUUUGUUUCUGUUCUUCUGAUUCAAUAGGGUGAUCAGGUCAAAAACUCACUGAAAAGGAGUAAGACUAAUGCAUCACUCUUAAAAGCCAGUGAGACCUGGGGAGUAUUUUAGCAUUUCUAGUCCACUGUUGUUGAAAUUUAUAUACUUCCAUUUUUGUAGUGUCUGUUGCCAUUGGCACUGUUGCUUCUGUGGAUCUGUGCAUUUGCUGAUUUGAAUUCAUUAAGCAAACAAUAGCUUCAGAGUCUAUUCCUCAAACAAAGGUUCCAUAUCACUGGAGUGACAGUACUGCAGGUUGCAAAAUGUGUACUUAUUCUUAAACAUGGUUGCAACAUUGUACAUAGCUUCUAUGUAAUUUACUGUUCAAAGUAAAUUCAAAGUAUUUUCUUUGUCUGUCUGUAAUGUAGUGUUGUUCAGGAUACCACAAUUAAUGAGUUCUAAAUGUCAGGAAAUAUUUUAGUUACUUUGUUGGGUGGGAUCUGAGAAAUGUAUCCUUCAGAGCCCUCUGUAAAUCACUUCACCAAAAUAGUGGAGCUUUUGAGACGUGUCUGUCCAUCACAUUCAAACGAAUUCAUGCAAGAGGUGAUGCUAGUAUGUGGGAGUUAAUAAUGUGCUAAUCAUCCUGAAGGUGCUCAUGCUCAAUGAGGUCCAUUUUAUCUUCAGCUUAAGUUGAACUGCUUCUUCCACGUUGUUAUUGCUGGAGUUACACAUUAGAUUGAUUAAAGCUUGUGCAGGUACAGCUCCCCAGACUGCAGUCACUAUUGUUGUUUGCUGUACAAACACAUCCUAGGAGACAUGUCAGGGAACGUGGCCACUGAGCCCUUGUGGCAGUAAGGACAUGUGAGCAGCUUGUCUUUUUUUCUCCCUCCUCCCCUCCCUCCCUCCCCUUUUAUUUUUUUUAAUGAGAGCAUGCUGUACUUCAGUUUUUCCAGUCAGUAAAACUUCCACAAAUUUUGGAGCCACAUCACUGCAGCUUACUGCCUCAGUAUUCUGUGAGCAGGCAGUGAAAACCACCAGGCCUUAGUGACACCUUUCUUCCUGGUUUUUGAUAUUGCCUGAAUGAGUAUAAAUUAUUGAUUUAGAUGACCAGUUACAGAAUGUGAAUAUUUAGCACUAUUACUACAAGAGUUUAGGGAGAUGUGUGAUAGCAGCUAAAAUAAGCAUUUUGAUUAGUAGUGUUCUGAUUCUGAAUAAAGAAAACAGCAGUUGCUUCUCUGAGAGGAAGAAAUUUCUACCUUUUUUGGUCUCAUAAGAAAUUGUCUGCUGAAAGUAAAUUGGUCACUUCUAACAUAGAUUAGAAGUGCUUCCUCGAUUCAUGUUUUUUUCUGUCUUUGAAAUGUUUCCCAUUUGCAAUCAAAGCUGAAAAUGUCAACAAAACUCUAGACAAGAGUUCAUAGACCUAAGUAGUUUUUGAUUUUUACUUCUUCAAUCCUUUUAAUUAAAAAAAAGGUGAUGGCUUUAAUUGAAAACUAAUAUAAAAUUUAAUUUGUGUCAUUCAAGUUCUUCACAGAUCUUAGAGAAUCCACCUGAAGUGAGAAAAUCUGAAAUAUUUUUGAGAAAUGUGUCCUACCACAAUGUAUAAACUCUUGAAUUAAGUAUUCAUGUUCUAUUGCUUUGGUAAGCUUUUGUACCAGUUGUCAGUUACAUUUUCAUGCUAUAUCCCCAUAAAUGUCUUCAGUUUUCAUUAAUAUUAACUUUGUAGAGACAGAACUAUUCUAUAAUGUCACAUAAAUGUAAGGAAAUUUUAAGUAAUUCAAAUGGCAACAUACAUCCUUCCAAGUAAAUGGAGAAGACAUGGUUCUGUACACUGUAUUUGAAACAGCAGAUUCAGUAGAGGAUAAAAAGUAUUUUUCAAGUAAGAGUAUAUAUUUUUUACUCUCUAUUCAGUAAUGUCUAUAAUAAAGUAGUGAAAUAACACUGGAGCAUAUACCUAUGAGCAGAGGCUUCAUUUCCUUUAUAACAGUUACAGGGAGAUUUCAUGGCUAUGGCAGCUCUCACCCACUAAAAGUAGUUCUGUGAAAGAUGGCAGUGGCAUGGGCAUGUGUCAGAUUGCUCACUGUGAAACAAAUAACAAAUGUGUUAGCAGUAUUUGCCUUUUAUGAAGAUCUUUCCAAGAUUGAACAGUGAAGUAGAAAAGCUUCUUAAUUAAGUUGCAGCCCUUUUUCUAAUCUCUACAUCUUCAGUAAAGGCUUUCACAUGGCUCAAAAAUCUGUAGGAGCAGACUUGCUCCCUCCAGCUUCUACAUUGAGGAAGACAUCUGGGAAGGCUGCCUGGGCUUCAGAACAUAUUCAAGGCUCAUAGAGCAGGAAUCUUUAGUACAAACACCAAGAGGAGAUGCCCAUUUAGUAAGGCUGUCUCACAGCUACUGUUUGUGUAGCUGCCUCUCCAUCAUCUUCUAGGUCACAGCAUGUAGUUAGGGUGCAAGGGUAGGCGGGACCACUCAGGUUGCUGCAGUUUGAAUCACCAAAGUGAGUUUCCCCCCCUUACAGGGCCUGCAACUCUUGUGUGAGGUGCUUUUCUUUCCCUCUGAUGUUGCAUCUUAGACUGGAUCUAUACAAGGUGGAAGAAAUGAGGGAGCAGAUGGCUGUGCCUUAUAAAAAUAGCACUGGGAUAAUAGAGUGCAAGUGAACUGACACUGAAUGACCCAUCUCACAAUCCCACUCUUAGUUUACUUUUUUUUUUUUUUUUUUUUUUGGUAGUAUCUGAGAUAAUCAACAAAACAAAGAACUUGGAGCAAUAAUAUUUCCUAUUUGUGCUUUGCUCGUAACAAUUGCCUAAGAUACAAAGCAAAUACAAUCUACCAGAUGCAGCAAAUUCUCUUGAGCCUAAGAAAGCAAAAUUGUAAUGUUGCAAAUGUAAAUGCUGGCAUUGCAGCUUAAUACACAUAUAAACCGAGCAAUCUAUAUUGUGUGAUCAUCAUUUUUUAAGAAAGGCCGGAGCCCAGAGACUAGCAAAUGUUCUCAUCUGCAGUGUAUCAGCAGUUCUCAGUCUUCAGCUGCUGUACAGAUAAUAAUUCUAAUUGAAGAAUCAUUACAUGGAUCCAUAUGUGAAUGAUAGAUGGGCUACAGCCUUUUGUUCAUGAUACUUUAAAAAUUGAGUUGCUGCCUUUAUUUUUAUAAGGGGAGAUUAGAUUGCCUGUUCCUCUCCCCCCCUUUUUUUUUUAAUGCAACAUUUUAAUCACCCUGGUCUGACAGGAUUUGGAAUCUGAAGGGAAAACUAUUCCUAUAGCUGACAAUUUUUUUAAACAAUAGCUAUUUAAAGCCUUGAAUUGGUUACAAAGUGACAUUCCACAGAGAACCUUUGUUCAAAUAUUUUUAAUUCUGAAACUUGUGCUUGAAAAAUUGUGUUCCAUGUGCUCUGUAAUAACUGUUUUUUAUAUAAUAUACUUUUUUUCCCCUCAAAGAUAACAGCAUACACUUUAGUGCAGUUUAAUAAUCCUUUUAAAAAAACAUAGUUAAAAAGGCAUUUGCUCCAUUACUCAUCAAGCAUCUGUUGUAUCAAAGAACUGGUAAUAUAUUUAUCUUGAUGGAUAAGCUUCAGUGUUCUGGACUAACUUCAGUGUAACUGGACCAAGCUUUCAAUACUCCUUUAGGGAUCCUAAAGUCAAGUUCAUGAUCCAAUUAAGAUGGGUGUGAUAAUUAUAUCUGCUACUGGGCAGGAGUCUUUCAUCAAACCAUUUCAACUAAAUUCAAAGCUGAUCCAGUUCAGAAGCUGAAUUGAUUUCUUAAUGUGGAUGGUGAAAUUUAAUUUGCCCUUAGAUCCUGUAUUCCAGUCCGGGCUGAGUCAGUUUUAGCAGAAUUGUAACUGUUUGAUUUUUAACAUAAUGUGAAAAGAAAGAAUACAACAGUUUCAGCUGGGUACUACCUUUCCUGUUGCUUGUCCUCAAAGGGCUGCAAACGUUAGGCCACCAUCUUACACCUACUGCUGUUUGGAGGGUGGCAUUGAUCAUGUACAUGUACAAUGACAGCAGCAGAUCUUGUUCUAGGCAUCCCAAGUAGGAACACACCAGCUGGGAAUUCAAAAUGAACACAUAGUUUUACUACAGAUCUGUUUUCUCCAAAAGCUCCUUCUGAGGCCAAUUUCCUGACUGAAGUGUACCAGAGGAGCACAUGGCCAAAAUACAGGGAAAAGGAGCAAGGCCACCACAUUUUUGAAGCUUUCUGCAUGGGUUAUAUGUGUUUGGCUCUUGCAACAUGUAAAGCUCAUAUUGCUAUGGAAACUCACGUAAAGAGUGUUUGCAGCCGUUCUUGUCCCUUACCCGAACUGUUUGUGGGCUCCCUCUGUAGGCCCUGGGGCAGGGUGCACUGUUCCAGCACUGCAGCUGGUGGUUCAUGGGUGCAGCCCUGAGCUCUGGCUGCAGGAAAAUUCAGUGUCCAGUAGGGGAAAGCAUUCCUGCCUUGCUUUGCUAUUGGGCUGCCAGGCACAUGUGAAGUAGAGCUAGUUUGCAGACACAGCUACUGUUGAGGAAUCAAACCUGCAAGUUUCUGGAGCCUGAGGAACUGCAAAAGGGAAAAGAGCUUAGUUUGGGCUACAGUGUGUCAAACUGAGAAAUGUAGCUGUUGAGGGAAAAUAAUAAUGUCUGUUAUUUUCUAGAGAAAUGUCUUUUUAAAAUUGCAAAAUACUGUAUAAGCUCUUGAUUAAAUACAGGUCUGCUUACUA